AUCUUUAAAAAAAAAAAAAGGUUAAGUCCUUUUGAGUUACUAUAUGGAAAACCUUUUCUCACCGUAGACCUACCAAUAGAUGGAGACUAUAAUGCUCUGUUAAAUUAUUUACUUGAGGUCCGGUUAAUUCAUAAAUCUCUAAACAAAUGUGCAAACCAUAUCCUCCCUAAACCUGAUCUGUCACUAGUAAUCCACCCCCUAUAAACCAUUUUAUUUAAAGGAUUAGAAGUCUAACAGAGCAGGGGAUUUAACUCCAAAAUGAAAGGGCCCCUACUGGGUCAUAUUAUAUCCUCCCACUGCAAUAAAAUUAGAGGGGCCCUCCUCAUGGGCUCAUAUAUCUAGAAUAAAACCUGGAUCUCCUUCACGGGAAACCAACGAGCAGACUAACACACUUUCUUAUUCCUGUGAACCUGUGGAAGACCUCAAAUUUCUCUUCCAACAGCAAUAAAGGACUGGAGGAAUGUUUUGAUUAAUUAUCAAAGGUCUUUUUAUUUAAGCUUCUCUUUCUCUUUAUAAUAUUAACUUCCUUUUAUUGUCUUUUCUGAUGUCCCCCUGCCUGGUGCCGAGACUCUUCACUGUCAUGACCUCCAGGUGACAGAUGAUCCUUUCUACUCGAGGAGUGAGGUUGUCAUUUAUAUGUUGUUGACCUCGGAUGGCUGCCUCUGCCUUCGGUACCUCCUAUAUAAGAUCCUGGAACAGCCUGUGGCAGACCAUGAAAGCAGGCAAGACAGAGCUGCCCUACUAUUUGCAGAAUCAAAUGAUUAAUUUUCAAGGUGGAUUAAAAGUUACAAUUCUGCCAUGCUCGGGGUUGGCUGUAUCACCACACUUCAUAUGUAAACAUGGCAAUAUUAAGUGGAAGAAGACACAGAAAAGGAACACAGGACGAUGGAUAGAUACAUGUCCUAAUGACCACUUUCCAACUGUACAACACCAGACAAGUGCCUUUACCUCUCUGAACCCCCAUUUCCUCAUCUAAAAGAUGGCAGUAAUGGGUUUGCUGAGAGAAGUCAGUGACCUAAAGCAAAGAAAUACUUGUCUGACACAUGGACCAGCUUCCUUGUCCUAUCAACGUGGGCUUGAGAAGCAGCUGUCCCGCACAAGUGAUUGAACUUGCAUUGGUGACUUGUUUCUUGGGCCCCUUGGCUGAGUAAGGAAGGCAGCUGUGGGCAGCCCUCUGCCGCUCCCCCCUCUCCAGCUGCUCUGUCACCUCACCAUCAGGCCUGGCUUCUCCGAGGCUUGGCCUUCUUACAGCGCCAAGCGUGUUCACUUAGCAGCCAACACUUGCCACUCAUCAACCCUGGCAAAAGGAAAUAUAACCCAGCACGGGGAAAUGCUUUUGCUAAACCGGGAAACUGCACCUGAAUCCAGCUCAGUGCUCUGGAGUCACCCAACUGCCUUCUGCUGGCGUCUGGAAGAAGAAACAAGUUACUUUAAGUGGACCAGGUGGGGAAGCAUUAACAGUACAAGGAGAGUGCAUGAGCUCCCUCGAUCGUCCUGAACCAGUUCCCCCUGCCGUUUCAGACAGAAUUGAUGUAGUUAAGCCCAAAUUUCCUGGCAAGCCCGAGGGCAGCUUUUUCCAAAAGCAUCUCAGACCGCGAAGGCACAUGUCUAAUCACGAAAGCAAACCUCUGGACACAGGCUCUCUGUUUCCAGCUGGUUGUGUAUGUUUCCUUCACACUUGAACAAAAACGUGCCAAGGUGUGACAUUUAUGAACCCUACCAACUGGGGGCUGUGCACACAGACCCAGUUGCCUGCGGGGUGGGAAAGAGAUGAAUGGGGGCUGUCCUGCCUGAGGAGGAGGACGGCUUCCCCUCUGGCAUGCCUGCAGCCUUAUUUAUUACACACCAAAGUAUAAAACCUCCCAGCCGGCUGCAGCUCGCAUCUCCAGCCCUGGCAUCUGCCCGAGAAGCCCUGCCGUCUUCUCCAGGAGGCUCUGGGGCUUUGUUGAGAAUCAUGCUCGGGAGGCAGCUCGUCUGUUGGCACCUGCUGGCUUUGCUUUUCCUCCCAUUUUGCCUCUGUCAAGAUGAAUACAUGGAGGUGAGCGGAAGAGCUAAUAAAGUGGUGGCGAGAAUAGUGCAAAGCCACCAGCAGACUGGCCGUAGCGGCUCCAGGAGGGAGAAAGUGAGAGAGCGGAGCCAUCCUAAAACUGGGACUGUGGAUAAUAACACUUCUGCAGACCUAAAAUCCCUGAGACCAGAUGAGCUACCGCACCCCGAGGUAGAUGACCUAGCCCAGAUCACCCCAUUCUGGGGCCAGUCUCCACAAACCGGAGGACUGCCCCCAGACUGCAGCAAGUGUUGCCAUGGAGAAUACAGCUUCCGAGGCUACCAAGGCCCCCCGGGGCCCCCCGGCCCCCCUGGCAUUCCAGGAAAUCAUGGGAACAAUGGCAAUAAUGGAGCCACUGGCCAUGAAGGGGCCAAAGGUGAGAAAGGAGACAAAGGUGACCUGGGGCCACGAGGCGAACGAGGGCAGCAUGGCCCCAAGGGAGAAAAGGGCUACCCAGGGAUUCCGCCAGAACUGCAGAUUGCAUUCAUGGCUUCUCUGGCAACCCACUUCAGCAAUCAGAAUAGCGGGAUUAUCUUCAGCAGUGUGGAGACCAACAUCGGAAACUUCUUUGAUGUCAUGACGGGUAGAUUCGGGGCCCCAGUAUCAGGGGUGUAUUUCUUCACGUUCAGCAUGAUGAAGCACGAGGAUGUUGAGGAAGUGUAUGUGUACCUCAUGCACAACGGCAACACCGUCUUCAGCAUGUACAGCUAUGAAACAAAAGGGAAGUCAGAUACAUCCAGCAACCAUGCAGUAUUGAAGCUGGCUAAAGGGGAUGAGGUUUGGCUGAGAAUGGGCAAUGGCGCUCUUCAUGGGGACCACCAGCGCUUUUCUACCUUUGCAGGCUUCCUGCUCUUUGAAACCAAGUAAAUAUAUGAAUAGACCAGCUCUACUUUUGGGAAGACUUAUGGCUGAGCUGGUAUUGUUUGAUCUGAGGGACAUUAGAGUUGAGGGUUCUACUCAGGAGCUCAGAAGAAGAAUCCACGAAACGGUCUUCUCAAGUAAGCUUGACUAAUACACUUGGCACGUUUACUCUUCCCCAGGCACCUAAAAAAGAAUUCCCUUCUUGAUAAAGGUUGGAAAUAAUUGUUUCCAUCAAAGAAGUCAUUUGCAAAGAAUUUGGCUGCUUUGUUUUUAAUUUAAUAGCAACUUUCAGGAAUUCCUGAGGUUUGGGGUUCAUCAUUCUUUAUAACAUUGCAGACACCAGGGUGCAGUGAUUAUGAUGGGGCCAGGCAGGAGCAAAGAGGGCACUUGCCAGGACCCAGUUACCAGAAACAUUUGUAAAGCCUAGACUGGGAAGUAACACUUUGAUCCAGUGGGUCAAUAUUUAUGAAUAAAUAUAGAUAUUUUUAGUAAUUCCAGAUAGCUUUUAGACAAGAAAAGUAUUCACAAUGCCCAUAAAUAAUGGACUCCUCUUUUUUUUUUUUUAUAAGAGUACUGCUGUAAUUAAAUCUUGACAUGUAAUGGCUUUUAUUUUUGGAUAUAGAAUUUUCUCAUGGUCCAAAAUUGGGUUUAUCGGAUCUGACUUAUUAUAUUGACCUUUUCCCAUUAUGUUUCUUGGAUCACAACAGAUCUUUGUUGACCCUGGCCUGCAGAGCCAGCCGAGGUGAGGUUACAUCCAUACAUACGGAGGGUGACCUCUCUCAAUUUAGAAAUUCCCCAAUAAACUUUACACUCACUGACAUGUCAUUUGAAGGAGCUGUAAAUUCAGUUAUAUACAAACUAAUGGAUAUAAAAUAUAAGGGUAUUCCAUUUAGAAGAUGUAAAAUAAGAUUUCUUAACCUUUUUAAAAAUACAAAAUUAUAUGACUUUUUUGAUUACCGUAUUUAGACAAUACCUACAAUGGAGCUGUGCUCCUUUACUUUUGCCUGUCCCUCCCCAAAAGGGACAAGUUCAGAAGAUAGUACCCAGAAUUUGUUUAUUUUAAGCAAAGAAAACAUAAUUGGAAUAUGUGUUUACCCUGAUGUCGAAUCAUAAUUAAAAUGUACUAGAGAGAGACCUGUCUGACACAUAUCAUUUAAUGAAUUCCCUUAGAAGCAAUUAGCUCUUAAUUUAUUUUCUGUUACAAUUCAAAUUUCCACAAAGGCUUUUAAACUAUGGGUUUAAUUGUAUUGAUUACCCCUUAGAGCUAGAAGCAGAAAGAAUUAAUUAGGGCUGCCUUAUUAGCUAACUUAAUGUGCUCUAUGCUCUGUUCUGUCUUUGACCCUUUCUUUCGAUCUAUAAAUAUUUUUAAACUCUUCUUGACCAACAUAAGCAAUGCUAUUUUAAAAUGAAUGGAUAUCAGCCAAAGUGGGCUUGACUGGUUGAUAAUGUUUUUGUGAUUUUGUGUAUGUUCCCCACUGCCCCUGGGGCUGUGUGGUCAUGGGUGUUGAGGUUUACUAUUUCCAAACAUUGUAAAUAUUUUGUAAAAGUGUAUUGCCAGUAGACAUUUGAAUGUUGUAUGUUGCCCAAAGUCGUUCCGUGUCUAAAGAACAUACACUAUUAAUAAAGUGCCUUAGAAGAAGAUAUUGGCUUAGCUUUAGAUAAAACUGAAGUGAGAAAAAUGUAAAAGCAUUGUAUGGAAAUAAACAUACUUUUGUUAAAUGUAUUGUUUUAUAAUGUUCUUAAUAAAGUUGAAUAGUCAUA